CCGGAACUAUGGGGACGGGGUGAGCGCCCUCCCACUUACAGCUGCAGGUUGGUUAGAACAGCUUCAAAAAAGAAAAACUUACUUUGCGGUUCUAGUCUGUAAGGUUUUAGAUUCCCGCGUGGCCCCUUUAAUUUUCUGUUUUUGUUUUCUAAACCCCUGAUGUUAGCACACGCAGGAUGUGCGAAAUAACUUCAGCUCCUGCAGAAUACAGAUCGGUCUGAGAGCACAUGUUUCUUCCGUAGGCCAGCUUCUGAGGUAAAUAUGAAGGUAAAGAAAGAAAGAAAAACCUUUGUCAGGCCAUUUAAAAGAUUUAAAAGAAAGCAAGGCAUUAGAGUGUUGGGAGAGUGGAAGCCAGUAGAAAUUGACACCGAACUCUUUGAUGGGCAAGAACUUGAGGGAAUGACUUGCUUUGAAGAGCUCACGGCGUAUACGUUAAGUACUUCUUCAAAUGAUUUAAAAGAAAAGGGUAAGAAAAGAAAGAUCAGUAUCGCAGAAACCGAUGACUCUAUCUUAAGGAAGAAGAAGAAAAAGAAACUAAAGCUUCACAAAGAUAAUAGUUAUGAAGCAGUUGGGUCUCUCAAAGGUGGUGAAAAACGAGCAUCAGAACAAAGUGAGGAUAGAGUGUACCCAGAAGAGCAGUGCAAGAUUAAAACAUUUGGUAUAACCACUGACACUGUGGCUGAAACAGAAACAUCUGCCAUUCCUGUUAAGAUUACAUCACGUAAAAAAGAAAAACGGAAGAAAAAGAAAAUUGUCACCAGUAGUUCUGUGGAACAGGGUGCUCAACUUUCUAAAGCUCCUCAAAAAGUAAGAAACUGGACAGCAUCUGCCUUGUGCAGUCAGUCUUCCAUGCCUUCUUCUCAGCCAGCUGAUGUGUCUGCAUGGAAAGACCUUUUUGUUCCAGAGACAGUCUUGAAGGCAUUGCGAUCCCUUGGAUUUAGUGAUCCAACACCUAUUCAAGCACUGACAUUGCCUUCUGCUGUUAGAGAUAAAAUGGACAUUCUUGGUGCUGCAGAAACAGGCAGUGGUAAGACACUUGCAUUUGCUAUUCCUAUGAUCCAUUUAAUACUGGAGUGGAGAAAGUCUCAAGAUGCUGGAACUAAUGUUCAUGGCAGCCCAGAAGACCCGUUAAGAAUAGAUUCAAAAUCCUUAAAUACAAAAAAGAAAGCUUCCCAGGAGGAGGAUGAGGAUGACAGUGAUGAUGGCAGUGAUACUGCAAGUUUGAAUGAUAUGGAAGGAGACAGUUCUGCAACAAUGGGUUGCGUUAAAGUUACGGAUGAUAUUCAGUUUGAUUUUGAAACAAAUAAACUUGUCAAAAAAGUGCAAAAAGUUGAUCAGCACAGACCCUUACUGGGACUGGUCUUGACUCCCACUAGAGAGCUGGCAGUCCAGGUGAAGCACCAUAUUGAUGCUGUGUGUACAUUUACAGGUAUAAGAACUGCAAUUGUAGUAGGUGGAAUGGCUCCACAGAAACAGGAGAGAGUAUUAAAUCGAAGGCCUGAAAUUGUAAUUGCAACUCCUGGUCGUCUGUGGGAGUUAAUUAAAGGAGGACAUCCACAUUUGUCAUAUCUCAAGAAACUCCGGUGCCUUGUGAUUGAUGAAGCUGACAGAAUGGUAGAAAAAGGACAUUUUGCCGAACUUUCAGAAUUGCUGGAAAUGCUGAAUGACUCAAAGUGUAAUCCCAAUAGGCAGAACUUUGUAUUUUCUGCCACCUUGACCAUGGUUCAUCAGCUGCCAAAAAGAAUACUGAAAAAGAAAAAUACAAAGAGUAUUGAUAGAGAAACAAAGCUUCAGCUCCUGAUGAAAAAAAUUGGAAUACAGGGAAAGCCAAAAGUAAUAGAUUUGACCAGGAAAGAGGCAACUGUGGAAACUCUUACAGAGACCAGAAUCCACUGUGAUACUGAAGAAAAAGACUAUUAUUUAUAUUAUUUCCUAUUGCAGUACCCUGGCAGAACUAUGGUCUUUGCAAAUAGCAUUGACUGCAUAAAGCGCUUGAAUAGCUUGCUUACCAUUCUUGAGUGCAGUCCUCUACCCUUGCAUGCUAAUAUGCACCAGAAGCAAAGACUGAAAAACCUUGAAAGGUUUGCAGAAAGAGACAGCUCGGUUCUUCUGACUACUGACGUAGCUGCUCGUGGUCUUGAUAUUCCAAAUGUGCAACAUGUGAUUCAUUAUCAGGUUCCUCGCACAUCAGAGACUUAUGUCCAUAGAAGUGGUCGAACAGCCAGGGCUUUCCAUGAAGGUCUUAGCUUGUUGCUGAUUGGGCCCAAUGAUAUGAUGAAUUUCAAGAAGAUUUACAAAACACUGGGCAAAAAUGAAGACCUUCCCCUAUUUCCAGUUGAAACAAAAUGCAUGGCUGCUAUUAAGGAGCGAGUGGAUCUGGCAAGAAGUAUUGAGAAAAUGGAAUACCAUAACAGUAAAGCAAAGCAGCACAACUCCUGGGUUCAGCAAGCAGCAGAGGCUUUAGAACUGGAUGUUGAUGAAGAUUUGUUAAUUGGCGGAAAGCAGGAUGAACAAGAAAAAAGUGAGAAGCAGAAAAUUCUGAAGAGUUUGAAGAAACAGCUGAAACGUGCACUCUCACAGCCAGUAUUCAAGAACAUUAUGAAAACUCGGUAUCCAACUCAGCUUGGGAAGUUAACUCUCCCUCACCUGCCUGUAGCAAACUCUGAAUCCGCUCUGAAUUCAGUUUCAAAAAUCAAAAAUCAAAAAAGAAAAAAGAAUGCUACAAAAACCUAAGCCUUGAUAAGAAUUGUUGAACUUGUUAUGUAAAGUGUAAACAUAACUUAUCUGGUGAUGACAUCUAGUAAUGCAUAAGUCAGUUGGUCUAGAAUGCAUUCUUGACUACCCCAUACAGCUUUAUCUGGAAUCUAUCUGUUGCACAGAUUAAGGAUAUGAUGAUGAUGAAUAUCAUCUCAUCCCAGCCUUUCAGAUGCACCUUAAUUUCUUAAAAUAAACAAAAGUGGUAGUUGCUA